ACACCAACGCGUCAGUAUACUCGUUUAUUCAGUUUCGUGCCCUUAAAAUACAAACGCAGUCUGAUAAAGUGCUUGGUUUACAGAGCAAGAGAGAUUUGCUCGGACGAAUGUCUUGACGAGGAACUUAACAAUAUUAAAUGGUUGCUAAGUGAAAAUGGUUAUCCUGAAAAGUUUAUUCAUAAAAAUAUGAAUCUGAAACCAAAGCAGUCCAAGUUAACAACAGUUCCAAGAAAAGCCUUAUUCUUAUAGAUGCAGUUCCUAGGGGACAGCACCAGCGAGAUACUUACACAACGCCUUAGAAAUGAGGUAAAAAGAGCAUUCCCUGCUGCUGGAUUACGCUGUAUCUUUAAAACCACUCCUCUACUGCGUUCGAGAAUAAAAGACAAACUGCCUAGUUUCGCCUCCUCCAUGUGUAUCCACCAAUUUAACUGCUCCUGUGGAGCCAGUUACAUAGGCCGUACAAUCAGGCGUGUUUCUAGUCGAAUUUCCCAACAUCACCCUGCCUGGUUAAGCAAAGGACAAACAAAAUCUAUUCGCAGAGCUAUUCUGUCUCAUCUCGUAGAGACAGAACACAGGAUUAACGUUAACCAUGCUUUCAAGGUCAUUUACCACAUACCUACGAAUCUCAAUUUUGCCUUAAGAGUUCGACUACUAAAUAUUGCUGAGGUUGGCUGUGGGGAUCCAUAUUAACAAGCCUAAUUUAUGCAUCCAAAAGAAGUUAGUUCAGACAUUAUCAUUACCUUGGCCAUCCAGGUUUGAAUAAUCCUGAAUUUUUGUGUAAUUUCCUAAUUUUGG